AGAACUCCCACACGCCCUUGCUGGAGGGGGCCGUCACUCAGAUGACCCCGGAGGAGCACUACCGGCGGAUGAUGUCGGCUCUCAACGAACACGGCGCCUUUGAGGAGCAGCAGCAGCAGCAGCAGCGCCUUUACCAGCUGGCCAACAGCAUGGCGGUUCCCAGCCACAGCGAUCUCCUCCGGGCACGGCAAGAGGUGGCCGCGGCCGCAGCGCGCAACCCCAGCUCGAUGGAGGCCCACCUUCCUUCAGCCAGCAACUCGUCCAGUCAGCGUAGGAAGCAGGGUCUCCCGCAACACCGGGAUUCCCACUUCUCUGAGAGGUACCUACCGGGCAACCUUUGUGGGGUCAGGAAGAAGAGUGUGUCUGUGUGUGAGUGUGUGAUGCCUCUGUGUGGGUCUGUGGUGUUCCCAUCUACCCUCAUGUCCCUGGAAGAGGGUGGGAUCUGGCUGCUGUAG